UCUCCGGGUGGUGUGUUGUUGGGUUUUUAAGACUAGGACGAGGGUUAGGAACUGGGCAAAGAAGGACACACACAACCACGCACAAUGAAGACUGUACUGAUAGUACUAGUAUUGGCUCUCUUGUCAGCAGCUUUAGGAGCAAAGCCUAAAACCCGCUUUACACGCUACCGCUCAUGGAACUCAGGAAUAUAUCCAGUGUGGAAAGAUGGGGACUCCCGAUACAGAGACUGUUGGACUGGUGGAGAAGUUACAUUCGAUGUGAAAAAUGAUGCACCCACCCUGACUGGCGCAAAGGCAACCUUUAACAUCGACCUUCGCUUCCCAUCAAACCAGACAGUGCUUCCUGAUGGACAGGUGGUGUGGGCGCGUAACUGCACUGUCAAUGGAACACAGUACCGUCAAGGCCAGGCUGUGUAUCCCGACCAGGUCUCUGGUCCUUCAGGAGAGUACAGCGGAGUCUUCCCUGAUGGCACCCCCUUCACUGGGACCGCAGACAGGAAACCACACUACGUGUUUGUGUGGAAGACAUGGGGACGUUACUGGCAGGUGGCGGGUGGGUCCUCCUCCUCUCUCACCAUCGGCACAGACAAUGUGCCCCUAGGCUCUUACAACAUGGAAGUAGUCAUCUACCACUGCCGUGGCAAGGACAAGUUCAUCCCUCUGGGCUACGCCUCCACAACCUUCUCCAUCACAGACCAGAUCCCCUUCGCAGUGUCACUGACUCAAAUUAACGAUGUGAACGAGGCUGACCAGAGCUUCAUCCAGAAUCGGGCCAUUGCCUUUAGCAUCAGCCUCCACGACCCCAGCCAGUACCUCAGCGCCUCAGACGUCACCUUUAACUGGGAUUUUGGUGACAACAGUGGCACCCUCAUCUCCAGGGAGCACCAGGUCACACAUACAUACCUCAACACCGGCACAUACAGGCCUCAGGUGGUCCUGAUGGCAAGCAUCCCCAACGGCUGUGACACACCUGCAGACCCCACCGCUGCCAGCCCCACUGUGAUGCCUAUGUAUCCCUCCGGUGCUCCUGCCAUUGUUAUGGUGGUCUCUACCCCAAGGGCAGCUCCAGCUGACAUCGCCCUGGAUGUGCCUGCCUCUGAAGUUGCCCCUGCUGAGGCUGCCGACACAGCUGCAGCUGACGCUGAUGCCACAGACACAGAUGCAGCUGCAGCCGAAAACCCAGCCAUAGCUGAAAGCACAGACUCAGCCGCAGCCGAAACUGCAGUCGAAGCCGGUGCCACAGCUGAAGCAGCACCCACAGCUGACGACGCAGGCGCAGAGGGAGUCGAGGUGGUUGCCUCAGCAGCAGAUGAUCCAGCCGUCAUCCCAGCAACAGAGGACCCUGCCUCUGUCCCUGCAGUAGAAGCCGAUGCCACAGCAGAAGACACGGCUGCUGCAGCCAUUGAGGUCCCUGCCCCUGUGCCAGCUGUGGAGGGAGCCACAGCUGCCUCCGUCACCCCAGCAACUGAAGAGGCAGCUGCUGUUGAUGCUGAUGCAGCAGCCGAAACAGCAGUGGUAGAUGCGACGGCUGCAGAUGUGCCCACCAUCAACGCUGCUGCUUCAGUUGCUCCAGUUGCAGAGGGAGAAGAGGCCACAGUGGACCUGACGGCCACAGUCCUCCCAGAGGUCCCAGCUGUAGCCACCGUUACACCCGUGGAGGAGGCAACCGUAGUUGCCGAUGCUGAGGUGGUGGCUGAGGUUGCGGCUGCAACAGAGGUGGCCCAGGUCGAGACGGUGGCCCCUGCUGCUAACGUCAUUGUUCUUGCCGCCACGGAGGCUGUGGCUGUGGUGGAGGUGGUGCCAGCUGAACUUGCUCUUGAGGCCGAGGCAGAGCUAGAAGCAGAGGUCGUAGAGACAGUGAAUGAGGUUGCAGCUGAUGCCACUGCAGCGCCAGCAGCAGUGACUGCUCCAGUGGAGAGUGAGGUAGCAGCAGAGGCUGAGAUAGAGGCAGGCACAGAGACACAGGUGGCUCUUGUUGUGGCUAAAAGACAGGCUCCUGAACUUACAGCGGCUGACAACUGUAUGAUAUACCGCUACGGCUCCUUCUCGACCGCUGUGGACGUUGUCCAGGGUAUUGAGAGUGUGGAGAUCACCCAGGUGGCCAACGUGGUGUCUCUGGCCACUGAGGUGGUGCAGAAUGCUGUGGACCUGACCAUCACCUGCCAGGGGAGCCUGCCCAAUGAAGUGUGCACCAUCAUCUCGGACGAAGACUGCAUCACGCCUGUGGAGACCAUCUGUAGCAACGUGACACCCUCCCCAGAUUGUCAGAUGAUCCUUCGCCAGUUCUUCAACGACUCUGGAGUGUUCUGCAUCAACGUGUCCCUGACCAAUGAUGUUAGUCUGGCUGUGGCCAGUGCUAAAGUUAGUGUGACUGUGGGCUCCAACUCCUCCCCAGCAGGCACUGUGGCCGCGGUUCUGGGUGUCAUGGUCCUUGUCUGUGUUGCUGGUGCCAUUGCUUUGACCUACAAGCGGUUUAACCAAUACCGUCCACUGAGGGAGGACUCAACUGGCGGCAGCAUGGGAAGCUCUGGAAACACGUCUGUGCCGAUGCUGCUGUGGAACCUUCUGAGCCGACAGUCACCAGGAGAAAGAAGCCCACUGCUUCAGGGAAGGGUGGUGUGAAAACUCAUAACCAUCUGCACUGAUAAAGCACACACUCAUGCAUGUUAACACUUAAAUAUCACUCAGACACACAUAUCCACUCAGUAACUCUGAAAUACGCAUAUACAUGUUAACACAUUGCAGACUCAGACACACACAGCCACCCUAAUGCAGAGACAAAAUGCAACAAGAACAAGCAGUUGUAUUCUGUAUUGUUACACUGAAAGCAACUUUAAUAAAAAACUAUAAUGUAUUAGAAA